UAAUUAUAAGCCAUAAGAUGUUCAUGGUGAAUUUGGCUUGUAAAGAAUUUGUCUUCAAMCAGCUGUUCUCUGCAUCUCGUCUGUUUCAUUUAAAUGAAUUGUUUAGCACAUCAUCUUCAUCAAUUGAACGUAUUAUAAAAUCUGUCGAUAAAAGUGAAUAUGUAAGAUAUAAAUUUCCAGAAAGCACAARUAAUUUAGUUAACAUUAAACGACAACAAUUUGAUUCUUCAUUUACCAUUGUGCCAGACAUUGUGUCUGUUGAUGAAGAGUCACGACUGAUUGAUGAAAUAGAAAAAUCAUUAAAACGUCUACGUUAUCAACAUGAUCAUUGGGAUGAUGCUAUACAUGGAUACAGAGAAACUGAAAUCAUCACUUGGAAAGAUCAAAACAAUUCAAAUGUGAUACAAAAGCUCAAAAAUAGAGUAUUUGCUAAUGAAUCAAUCACAGAACAAAUGCAGAGAGUUCAUAUACUCGAUUUAUGCAACAACGGUUAUGUAAAACCACAUAUAGAUAGUGUACGAUUCUGUGGCAAUAUAAUAGCUGGCUUGAGCUUACUAUCUGACUCUGUUAUGCGUUUAGCUGAUGAAAAAUGUCCAGACACCUAUGUAGUAUAUGCUUUAUUACCUCGCCGAUCAUUAUAUAUUAUGAAGGAUUCAGCUCGAUACCAGUACACACAUGAAAUAUUAAGUGAUGGAGCACCAACUGUGUUCAGUGAUAGACAGAUUGUACGGGAACGAAGAGUAUCGAUAGUUAUGAGAAACGAGCCACCGAUUGAGGCUACAAAAUAAUUCAAUAAUCAUAUUAGAUUCGCAAUAUUUAAUUAUGUAAUUAUAUUAUUCAAUAGGAGAUCUUGUACCAAAAUUGUUAUAUUUUCUAAACUGUUUGUUCUCUGUUAAAAACAAAUUAAAAAAAUAUUUUACAGCCAUCCCUUGAUAUUCCUAACAUUUGAUAAUUAAAAAUAAAUUAAAAAUGUUGGUCUCUUGAAAAUUAAAAAUCUUUUUGUAGUUUGUUUUAAGUAAAAAUUAAUUUAGAUUCACUUAGUUAUUUAAGAAAAUCAUAGGGUAAAUAAAGUUGCGAUUUAUGACAAACCCUGCGAAAUCCAAAGUUAUUUCACCACAAUUAAAAGUUCAGAGUAUUCAUUAUACAUAUGGUUGAUAAUUAAUYAUUAAAAACUUGUAUCUUUUUUACACACCUCACCAAAAUUAGCAUUGCUGAUACAUUUUUCAUACUUUAUCUUCUUAGAUUGAUGUGVCGAAA